AUGAAACUUUUUUCCAAGGACAAAAUCAGGAAUUCAACUAAUGGAAAUAAGCAACAAAAUGUUGAUUGCGAUUCAAGUAAUGUUGAAAACCAUUCAAAAGUUUUCCAGUCUCAUUCAUUUACGGCAAUUAGAGCAAAGUGUUUCCUUCUCCUUCUUUACCAUCAAGCAUCAAACGAAGAAUAUCAAAAAAAGUAA